ACCCCUUCACACAACACCACCACCGUCGUCCCGCCUCUAUCCCCGUCUACUGCAUAUAUUGUUAACCAUGGCUUCCAAGGCAGCUUACAAGCGGCUCAGUAAGGAGUAUGUCGCUAUGCAGAAGGAGCCUCCUCCGUUCGUCUGGGCUGCGCCUGAUGAGAAGAACAUCUUAACCUGGAAUUACAUCAUUCGAGGACCUCCGGACUCCCCUUUUGCUGGUGGCGAGUAUCAUGGCGUCUUGCUGUUUCCAUCGGAAUACCCAUUUAAGCCUCCAGGGAUCAAGAUGAUAACGCCCUCGGGCCGCUUCCAACCAGACAAGAAGAUCUGUUUCUCAAUGUCUGAUUUCCAUCCUGGCUCGUGGAAUCCCGCAUGGAGCGUAGCGACAAUAUUGACGGGCUUGUUGUCGUUCAUGCUCUCAGAUGAGAUGACCACAGGCUCUGUGACGUCCACCGACGCCGAGAAGCGCGCUUACGCCGCACGCAGUCACUCCUGGAAUCUGCAACAGAAGCGGUUCAAAGAAGCAUUCCCAGAAUACUGCACACCAGCCGUACGCGAUCUUCCCAACAUGGCACAGAAGGAACGCGGUGUAUCCCCAGCACCAGCGACCACCUCCUCCCCUUCUCCCGCACCCCCCGCCCAAACGCCAUCGCAAGCACCACCAGCGCAGCCGGCUGCCGCCGCAACGAGCGAGAAGGCGGUGAGUCGAUCACCAAAUGGGAUUAACUCCCCAGGUGACCACGCUGCGCAAGGAUGGGCAGCUGGACUAAGACAAGUGAUCUGGGAAAAGUGGCGGUGGGGCGUGAUACUCGCGCUCGCUCUCGUAGUCUCUCGCAUGUCUUCCAGCAACUGACGACGGCAGCCCCCACGCCCCGUCAUCGUGUUCGGGAUGGAUCGCGUGAUCCUGAUCGUCGACGUUCAACUUUGCGGCGAGAUGAGGGUCGUGUGGCGUCAUUGCUGGCCGUUGACUCGCGGCGGGUGGCGUCGAACGGCGGUGCAAGCAAUGUGUCCUUUCUUUACCCCCUCUUCCCCUCUACCGCCCUUCCAUUCAUUCCAUCUAUGUCGAAUAGCAUCGUAUCAUAUCAAUGGACCGCGCAUGACUUGUUGGAAUACCUUUUCCCUGGAAUCUCUGAAUACGUACCCUCCUUGGUUUCCUCCCUUAUCCUGGUUACGCUUCUGGUCCUCGAGCCCCUCCACUCGUUCCCUCUAUUUCACAGUAAUAACAAAUGUGUACGCUAGACUGUCCGGAAUGCACGUUCGGAUUACCUAUCAGCUUGUCAACUGUGCUCUCAUGUUGCACAGAGAGACGCCGUGGCUUCUGUCGGCCGUCAUUCAGUAGAAGCUCGGGCUGCGGCCCCAACAGCAUGCAUCCGACAUGUUGGAUGAAAGUGUGUUGUGCGUUGUAAGAACCCAGAGGGCGUUAUGCUGCAUCAAGAUUACGAAAGGAUAGAUGAGUCCCAACCAAGCACAGCAAACGACAGCAUCGCACAACCGGUCAGAAGAAUCACGCAGCCCCCGGUAAAUCAACUGGAGAACGGGCCUGGGAUCAGGGCAGCCGGCUGAAUCGCAUUUGGUGCGAGACGGCGACGAGCGGCCACAUCGAGCCCGCAGCGGUCGGAUCCGCGUCUCGAUCGACAUCAUCCCCGUCUUCCGCGCCACCGCCGCCGCCGCCGCCGCCGCCGUCCAGUGCGUCGCGCCGCCUGAGCACGAAGCGCUGCUCGCACGACCACCGCGACGGCUCCUGCGCGCGCGCGCUUCCCUUUCCCUUGCCCUCCUCGUUCGCCCCAUCCCCCGCAUCCGCCCCCGCCCCCGCAUCCGCAUCCGCGUCCUCGCUCCCGUCCCCGCGCGCGCCAGCGAAGAAAACCUGCACGGCAUAGCACACGAGCAGCACGUCCCCGGCGGGCGAGCCGGGCACGCACGCGACGUCCCACACGAGCUCGUGCGCGCUGCUCGCGCGCGGCCAGCAGCACAGCGUGAAGUCGCGCGGGAGCGCGAGCAGCGCGCCGAGGACCGCCGCGCGCCCGCGCGACGGGCGCGGGGGCGGCGCGGGGCCGACGCUGUUCCCUGCGUGCGUGGGGGCCUGCGGCUGGAAGGAGAAGAGCGCGCAGGGCGCGUAGGCGCGCGCGAGCGCGGCGCGGUCGGCCGUGAAGAGGCGGACGUACCUGUGGAGUGAAGCGGACUGGACGCGUCAGCGGGCGGACG